AUGACACUCCAGGGUCUCUGUAUAAAUAUUCAUCCAUUUAGUAGUGCUGCCAAACUCCUGAACGGCUGCAAGAAGAUACAAGUGGUAAAGACUCACAUGAGACUUAGCUCUUCAGUUUGUUUCUCCACGUUGACUGCACUGAAAAAAAUGGAUCACCUGGAGAACUCCACACUGUCACCCAAACAACUCUUCGAGCACACACCGAGCACCGCGCACUCCCAGGCGGACAAAAGCGACGGGAACGCGUACCGGUACAUACUAAUAGUCAUGUCUUUCUACGGAAUCUUCCUCUGUGGUUUAAUGCUGGGCUACUUCCGCUCCAAAAGGAGAGAGAAGAGGAGGACCAACGUCUUCACGCGCCUCGUGCACGAGGAAGCGCAAAGGGAGUGGGGCUCGCUGCCCAAGAAACACAGCCUCACCUUUCCCGCCGCUGUCUCGGAGCUGCGCUCGGUGCACGUGUCCCUGCCUUUCUGCGGUGCCCACGUCAACCACUUUGGACACCUCCACUACGAGGGCGCGCUGCCAUCGCCGCUGGCGUGCACGCUGUGCGCGGAGCAGAGCAGCAUCAGCUCGCUGUGCUCCUCAGCGGACACGCACUUCGUCAUAGAGGAGGAGUCGGACAGCGGCACGGCGGACGGGUCGGAGGAGACCGGGAAGGGAGCGUCCGAGAACAGCGCGGAUGAUUCAGGCUGAACUCAGGAAGCCCAGGAAAGACUCUGUGUGUGUGUGUUACCCUCCAAGGCCAUAAAAGAGGUGAAACAUCACCUGGAGAGAAAACCACGAGGUUCUUGGGAAUCUUCAUAUCACAGAGGCCCAAACAGUCCAACUUAAAAACCAUAAAAACUCCCUAAACCAGCAUAAAAGAGGAGAAACAUCACCUGGAGAGAAAACCAGGAGGUUCUUGGGAAUCUUCAUAUCACAAAGGCCCAAACAGUCCAAGUUUCAGUGAGGGUUAAAUCAUCUGAGUGCCAUAAAAACUCCCCAAACCAGCAUGAUAUGAUCUCCAUAAAAGAGGAGAAACAUCACCUGGAGAGAAAACCAGGAGGUUUCUUGGGAAUCUUCAUAUCACAGAGGAACAAACAGUCCAACUUUCAGUGAGGCUUAGAUCAUCUGAGUGCCAUAAAAACUCCCCAAAUCAGGCUGAACUCUGCCCAGGAAAAACUCUGUGUUACCCUCCACGGCCAAAAAAGAGGAGAAACAUCACCUGGAGAGAAAACCAGGAGGUUCUUGGGAAUCUUCAUAUCACAGAGGAACAAACAGUCCAACUUUUCAGUGAGGCUUAAAUCAUCUGAGUGCCAUAAAAACUCCCCAAACCAGCAUGAUAUGAUCUCCAUAAAAGGGCUGGAACAAGUCAGACAAGACUAUGUGUCCUAUAUGAUCUGUAUUAGACUGUAGUCAGUGACAGUUUAGAGGGAGCAGAAUAUUUGUUAUUUGAUGUUUUGCAUGAUCUCUGCUGCAAAUAUAGGAGAAGUAAGAACAAAUUCAGACUCUGACUUCUUUAGAAAUCAUUUUAAAUGACAAGAUAAUCAUGGUGAGAGUGAAACAUGUGACUACAAUGGUCAUUUUUAUGUAGUUAUAUGUUAGUUAUAUGUAGGCGUAAUCUAUAGACAGUGAUGUCAUUAUUCAAUUUAAUCCUAUGCAGCUUUAUUUAUCCCUGCAAAGGCAGAUGUAUGCAGCAGCACCACCAAGUUCAUCAAACACACACAUCUGUAGCUAUAUGCUGGAAUCAUUAAUGAAUAAAUAAAUAUAAAUAUCCAAAUAAAUGAUACAAUUAGAUAUUAAAAAGAAACACUAUUUACUAUUAUACUAUAUCAUGUCAUUGUAUAACUCUGACUGGCCUCAUUCGGUGGUGACCCCUCCCUGCUGGAUGGAGCCCCCUCCUGACGCCACACUGAGAAGCAGCUCAGAGCUCCGGGCUGAUGACUCACCCUGCAGGGGGCUGAGUGAGAGACUGGCUUUUCUUUUUUUUUUGGGGUCUAUUCGGACUGAACUUGACUUACUCUUGCCGACACGGUCUCGAGUAUUGAAACAUACCUGGAACCCACUUGAAAGAAACUAAAAAUGUAUUUGUUGUAGCUUCAUGAUCGACACUGUUGUUCACACACACGGUCAAUGAUGUGGGUUUACUUGAUGAAAGCAAUGCACUGUACAUAUUGGUUGUGUUUUUUUCACUUCAUAAGGCUUCAAGAGUCUUUGUAGUGUUUCAGAAAUAAUAAUAAAUGCUUAUGAAUUAA